AUGAGAGUUCUGCCAGCUACGUUGCUGGUCGGAGCGGCCACUGCGGCUGCUCCUCCCUUCCAGCAGAUCCUCGGAUUGCCCAAGAAGGGUGCCGACACACUGGCCAAGCCUCUUCAUGACCUCCAAGAGCAGCUCAAGACGUUGUCUGGUGAGGCUCGUCAUCUGUGGGAUGAAGUUGCUAGCCACUUCCCCAAUAGCAUGGAUCAUAACCCUGUCUUCUCGCUGCCUAAGAAGCACACCCGUCGUCCUGACUCACACUGGGACCACAUCGUCCGUGGUGCUGAUGUCCAGAGUGUCUGGGUUACUGGAGCCAGCGGCGAGAAGGAGCGAGAGAUCGAUGGCAAGCUGGAGGCCUAUGAUCUGAGAGUCAAGAAGACCGAUCCUAGUGCUCUCGGUAUCGAUCCUGGCGUGAAGCAGUACACCGGUUAUCUCGACGAUAACGAGAAUGACAAGCACCUGUUUUACUGGUUCUUCGAGUCUCGUAAUGACCCCAAGAAUGACCCCGUUGUCCUGUGGCUCAACGGUGGCCCCGGCUGUUCUUCCCUUACUGGACUGUUCCUGGAGCUUGGUCCCAGCAGCAUCAACGAGAAGAUCAAGCCGAUCUACAACGAUUUUGCCUGGAACUCCAAUGCCUCCGUCAUCUUCCUCGACCAGCCCGUCAAUGUCGGCUAUUCUUACAGUGGCGCUGCUGUUAGCGACACCGUUGCUGCAGGCAAGGAUGUCUACGCCCUCCUUACCCUUUUCUUCAAGCAAUUCCCCGAAUAUGCCCAGCAGGACUUCCACAUUGCUGGAGAGUCGUAUGCUGGUCACUACAUCCCGGUAUUUGCCUCUGAGAUCCUGUCUCACAAGAAGCGCAACAUCAACCUGAAGUCCGUCCUCAUCGGCAAUGGUCUCACCGACGGUUUGACUCAGUAUGACUACUACCGCCCCAUGGCUUGCGGUGAGGGUGGUUAUCCUGCUGUCCUGGAUGAAGCCAGCUGCCAGUCUAUGGAUAACGCUCUGCCUCGUUGCAAGUCGAUGAUCGAGUCUUGCUACAACACAGAGAGUUCCUGGGUUUGCGUCCCUGCUUCGAUCUACUGCAACAACGCCCUCCUUGGUCCUUACCAGAGAACUGGCCAGAAUGUCUACGAUAUUCGUGGCAAGUGUGAGGAUACGAGUAACCUGUGCUACAAGGGUAUGGGCUAUGUUAGCGAGUACCUGAACAAGCGUGAGGUCCGCGAAGCUGUCGGCGCCGAGGUCGAUGGCUACGAAUCCUGCAACUUUGACAUCAACCGCAACUUCCUCUUCCACGGUGACUGGAUGAAGCCCUACCACCGCCUGGUUCCUGGCCUCCUUGAGCAGAUUCCCGUGCUGAUUUACGCCGGUGACGCGGAUUUCAUCUGCAACUGGCUCGGUAACAAGGCCUGGACCGAGUCUCUCGAGUGGCCUGGACAGAAGGAGUACGCACCUCUUCCAUUGAAGGACCUGGUCAUCGAGGAGAAUGAACACAAGGGCAAGAAGAUUGGCCAGAUCAAGUCCCACGGCAACUUCACCUUCAUGCGUCUCUACGGUGCUGGACACAUGGUUCCCAUGGACCAGCCCGAGGCCAGUCUUGAAUUCUUCAACCGCUGGCUUGGUGGCGAAUGGUUCUAG